AUGGAUGAGGAGUGGAAAAACUUGCCAAGUCUACCGUAUUCUAAGGUAAUCACCAUAAAACAGUUCAUAAUUAUACUAUCUGCUUACAGUUCGACCUCGGUCGUAUUGCAUUGUCUUCGCUAAUUAUGACUUACUCAAAAUUGGUCAAAAUGAGUUCUGAGAAACAUAUUGUACUCCCUAGUGACGAUCCGCUAUUGAACAUCAGUGCAACAAAGGCGGCCGAGGAAAUCCGAACGGGAAAGGUAAGAAAAAAUUAUAGUAAUGAUAAAGUUAUAUCUAUCAUUUGUAGCUGAAGAGCUACGACCUUGUAUCAGCGUAUCUGAACCGGAUUCGAGAUGUGAACCACUUUAUCAACGCCGUGACUGAAGUUUUCGAAGCUAGUGCUUUGAACAAAGCCAAGGAAGUCGAUGAUUAUUUGGAAAAGAUUAGAACCGAUCCAGAGGAAAUUGAAAAGGUGAGUCGAGCUAUAAAGUUGCGUCUCUAUAGCGUAAUUUUAUCAUUCAAGACAUUUUUAUUAUAGCUCAAAUCAGAGAAACCUCUUCUUGGCUUGCCGAUUUCUAUCAAGCACAGCUUUGACUACAAAGGCUACAGAAAUGUUUGUGGUCUCACCUACCGGCGCCAUCUCCCGCCAGCUGCAGAGCAUAGUGUUGCCGUCGAACGGUGAGUUUUUUCGUCCAGAAGGUUCAAUCUUUUAGUGUAAUAAAUGCUGGCGCCAUUCCUAUCUGCUACACGAACGUUCCCGGCGGUUGCAUGGCAUUUGAAACGGAUAAUCCAGUCUAUGGCCGCACAAACAACCCACAUGACACGCGGGUAACUUCCGGUGGAUCCUCCGGAGGGGAAGGGGCUUUGAUCACUGCUCAAGGCUCGUUGUUUGGUAUUGGUUCCGAUUUGGCCGGAUCAAUUAGAGUUCCAUCAUCAUUGAAUGGAAUCUACGGGUUUAAGACCGGGAAAUUAACGUGCCCGUCGGAUGGACAUGAGCCAAAUCUCAGUUUAAAUGAGGAAGAUCGAGGAGUUCUGGCGGUUGGGCCAAUGUGCAGAUAUGCUGAGGAUUUGCCGCUACUGCAUCAGGUAAUUACCGUUUCCUAUCCGUAAAAAUCAUCUUUAGGUGUUGGGUGGAAGAACUAUUGCAACCCGUAUUAGCGUUUUAAAGCCCUCAAAGGUUUUCUUUUCGAUCCCAGAAUCUCGGCCGGUAUUAAAAGUUGCUGAUUAUAUCAAGGAUAACAUCAAUGGUGUCAGUGACUAUCUCUCCGAAGCUUACGAAACUCCGAAGCAAGAAUUUGACAUUGGGAAAGACAUUCUCGAGCUCACAGUUCUGUUCCUCCACAGCUUCUUCAAACCGAAAUUGGACUGUAGAGAUCUAUUACUGCCGGUAAGAAAUCUUUGCAAAGUGUCACUUAAAAAAGUCUGAAGACAUUUUCAAAGUGAUACGUUUCAGAACAAACAGUUCAAUGUGUUCAAAGAGUUUUUCAAAGGUGUUCUUGGCACCUCCGAAAUAUCUAUUCUAAAUUUGUCGGCGGCCCACGGAGCGACCUCCAAUUUAACCAACAAAAGUGUAGAAGAGGCUGAACGACACAUCAAGGUUAUCAAAAAACACUUUGAAAACACGCUGGGCGGUAGGUUACACCAUUUACUUUGAGGAAAAAAAUUCUGGUCGCUCUUUAUUUACCACGAAUUUUAGAAGACGGAAUCUUGAUUUUCCCUGGCCUCCCAGAUUCCCACUACUUUCACAAUGGCUCCACACAGCUAACAGGUGCUUAUACAGUUAUUUUUAAUGCAUUGGGCUUGCCAUCUUUGUCCGUUCCAUGCGGCAGAUGCAAACAGGGCUACCCAACGUCCGUACAGAUAGCCGGAAGCCACGGAUCGGAGCCUCUUCUGAUGGCUGCUGCUCAAAAAAUGGAGGAGCGAUUUGGAGGCUGGGUUAAACCCAUUCCAAAGUAA